AUGCUACAGCCAAAAGGUGGCAAGUCUAGCUUAAAAACUACUGGCUGUGCAUGUGCAUACUUUACCCUACAAAAUAACUUGGACAUGGAUAGACCAACUAUUUUGUUCAGGAAAAAGUUUUCCGAAACUUCACCAGAACUUGUUAGAAAACUACGUGACCGUAUCAGGGGAGAUGUACAUAUUGCAUCGUUUAGACAUUUCCAAAAGUUUACUGUUUGCUUGCCAGCACUGUACCUUUUCCAAAGCGAGUUCAAACAACAGUACAUCAUCAGUGUUUGUGACCUGGACAUGAAAAAUGACCUCAAAACAGCCAAGGUCAUCAACUGGUGCAAUGGAGUUAAAAACCUGUACCCAAUAACAACAACAGGUGACGGGAACUGCCUGGUACACGCUGUCUCCCUGGCACUGUGGGGGAUAGAGGACAGUGAGCAGUUUCUGCGGACUUUGCUGUAUUUGACAUUGUCUGAAGUGGAUGCAUCAUUGUCUAAUGGGAUGUCAAGUAAAAUUCAACACAGAUGGAAAUAUGUUCAGGAUGAAAUCAAGAAACAACACCCAAGAGAAUUCAACUAUGAUAUCACCUCCCUGGACCUUCGUUCGGAGUGGGACAAUGUUGUUCGGGCGGCUGGUGAUGUUUUGGAGCCUGGGACACAAACAGCAGGCACACCAUACCCAUCACUGGAGGGUGUACAUAUCUUCGCGCUGGCAAAUCUUCUCAAAAGGCCCAUAAUAGUGUUGGCUGAAAGGACAGUGAGAUCAGUGUAUGGGAAUAGCAUGCAGGAAAACUGUUUGUUUGGAAUAUAUUUACCUCUGGAAGUAAAACACUCAGAUGUUUGUAAGACACCAAUCAUACUUGGAUAUAGUCUGAACCACUUUGCACCCCUGGUCACCCAGGCCAAUAGUCCUGAUGGAGAGGGGUCUAGUCAGAGUAUUCUCCCCUUAAUCAUGGAAGACUAUACCACCCUGCCUGUCAGAUUUCUGUUGAGAGAAGAAGAACAUAAAGCUGCUGACUUAAUGAAAAAGUAUAUGUAUGUGAAAAAUAUUCCAAGGUUUUCUGAUGAAUCAAUUAACAGUAUUCCAGGAGUAGUAUUGCAGCAUCAAUCCAUACAUGAUGAACUAGACAUUGUUAGUAUGCACAGACGUGAAUGUGAAAGGAUAUUUUUGAAUAUGCAGAAAUCUAUCAGUGGCAAGGUAGUGGUUUGUGCUAGUGAGAGAGUACCCACCUCUACCACAAGGCUAAUCAAUCCAAGUACGCCUCAGGCAAGACAUGAUCGAAAUCAGAGAACAAAGCAACCCAUAUCCAACCCCACAAGCAGAGAUCCUGAGCUAUGUAUUACGUCUGGAUGUACAAUGUUUGGGUCACCGGCAACAGCUCACAUGUGCUCAGCCUGUUUUACUAAAUAUACAGUGGAAUUUGGUAAGCAAGAGGCACAACUCCAUGGGAGGAAUUUACCAAACGAACCGUCAGCUCCACCGCUGACAUUAAGUGGACAGGAAAGCUACACAGACUUGUCCGUCAUGGGAAUCAACUGCAGUAAUCUUAAAUGUGGUAACAGGUGCUCUGAAAAAACAUAUCCCUACUGUCACGAGUGUAAUCCUCAGACACAGGGAUCAGAGUUGGCACAACCAGUGGCAGGGGCAAGGGCUUCAGCUCCACCAAAUAUCGCGGUCAUGGAAAUGAAGUGUAGGAAUCCAAAAUGUGACAAUCACUGCUCUACUCAGACACACCCAUUCUGUCACGAAUGUAAAGACUUCUUCAUUUCACAGGGAGUAUACUUUACUGCAAUGCAAAGACAUUUGCCAGCUAUUGCUACUCAUGGUGACAUUACUUCGGCACCUGGACUAGCUGAAGCUCCAGCAGCCCUGGGAAAUAGUGCCUUGCAACCACCUGAGGGUAUGAAUUUCUCAUUCAUGAAAGAUCAGCGUUGUAAAAAUACGGUGCAGUGUGUGAACCUCUGUACCACGUCCACUUAUCCGUUUUGCCCUACAUGCUCUCAACAGUUAAAUGAAGUAAGCAACACUCUGCCAUCAAAACCGGCAUCAUAUCCACAGGGUCCCCCUAUUAGAGAAAUUACUGGUUCUUCUGCAACAGCUGUUAGGCAGAACGAAGAACCUGUAGUUCAGUCACAUGGAGCGGAAGGCAUAGAUGAAAAUAGCCUAUUUGGAGAGGGAGAUCAAGUUCCUCCAAACAGAGAACUUGGUAAACUUGAUAUUGCACCAUCAGCUUUAUCUGUAGAGGAGUUUGAAGAAGUCCACUCUCUUUCAGGUAAUUUCGUCUUCAGUCCAGGGCCUUCAUCACAGACACAUGUGGUUCAGAGUGCAAUCAAAACUCCCAACAAGUCCUCAUCUGUAGGGACUCCUUCGCCACAGGAAUCUGGUCAGCGUCUGCCAUACCCUGAAGCAGGUGGUCACCAGCAAAUUUCUGUACAAUCAUCAGGAAGCUCUUAUGCUAUCAUCAGAGAAAGAACAUUCAGCCAGGAAAACAAUGCUGGUCCGAGUCAAGGGCAAGGUCAAAGACAACCACCAGUGUCACCAGAGUCACCAGAAUUCUUGAAACAGCUCUGCUCUACUCCAGGAUGCCAUGGUGUUCGAUUAGUUAACAACUUUGGGUAUUGCAUGGAUUGCUGGACUAGAUGUAUAAAAGGAGUUGAGGUGCACGGACCCGUGAUCCCUGAAUCAACAAUAGAGUCAACGUCGCCACAACUGAACACUUCAGAAAUCAGAUCCAUGAAUCCAAUUGUCACGACAUCAAAGGACAAGAAGGAUUGUGCCUCUCCACUGUGUAACAAGAAGAUCUACCCACCAAACAAACUGUGUGACAGCUGCAUUGAGGUCCUACGUCAGGGACAGACUCGGUCACUAGAAGAGCAGCCCUCACCACGCCGUGAAAAAAAGGGUAAGAGCUACUCACCCUCGAGACCUAAGUGUAAGAAGGAGAAUUGUGACUUUCAUGGUAGCAAGAAGACAAAUGGAUAUUGCUCUCGGUGCUAUAAGGAAGUUGCAAGGGUCCCAAUAGAAGCUAAAUUCAAACAGACACCUACGUUAUCUAACUUAACACCACACAACAGGACAGUGGAGCCACCGAGGACUUACAACAAUGCCCCUGUAACUCAGGGUGGCGUUCCUCCUAUGAUUCAAUCUCAGCACUGUUUGGAGCCUGGCUGCGACAAGUAUGGAGACCCAAAUAUGUGCUUCCGAUGUACAGAACACUACCGGAUAGCUUCAUCUGGCUUUCAGCCUCAACCUCCUCCCUCCAAUAUGUACAGUGCAGGAGAGGUGAUGAAGUACAAUUUGGCAGAGAAUCAGCCGCUGUACAACAUGCCAGGACAACCACCUCUUCAAACCAACCCUGUGCUGGGCCUCCCAAAUGAAGGCUACAUGAACAACCUCUCUAAGCCGCAAUCUUCCCCUGCAACUUCACAAAACGCUGCAUUCCAAACAGCCAUGUCUAACGUGGAAAAUAACCUGAAGAAUCGUGUGCUCUGUAAGACAGAUGGGUGUCAAAAUAUUGGCAGUGGAAUGAGAAGAGGCUACUGCAGUGAGUGCUACCCCUACUCCCUACAGAGAAGAGGUCAAGAUACACCACAGGGGCUGUCCGCUGAUGACCCACGCAUGAACUCUGGUUGUUGUUGAAAAAAACAGGCCAUUUCUGCAGAAAGUAAUUUCACUAAUAAAUACUUUUAAAAAAAGACUUUUUAUUGUAGAUACAGAUGUAUAUUGUAGAGGCAUGCAUACAUUACAUUUAGUUGUGUAGAUUUUGUCAAUAUGUUUUUUUCUGUUUUUUUCUUUAAACUAAUUUUCUAAUAUUUUUACACCCUGCAGUAAAAUGCCUUAUUAUUUUUUCAUAUUAUUCCUGACAAGUGAUUGGCCAGGAGUGCAUCACGUGUCCACCGAUAAAAACCGAUAUUGACUUGGAGCGUGUGAUUUUUAGCUCACCUGCCCAAAGGGUAAGUGAGCUUAUGUUAUUGUGCGUCGUCCGGCGUCUGUCCGUCUGGCGUCAACAUUUUGCUUUAAACAACUUCUUUUCGGUAACCAAAAGGCCUAAGAAGAUGAUAUUUGGCCAGUAGCAUGCUGGGAUCAAGGGCUACCAAGUUUGUUCAAAUAAAUGACCUUGACCCACUUUCAAGGUCACAGGGGUCAGAUGUCUUCAAUCUUCAAAGAACUUCUCAAUUCCCAAAAGCCCCAGUGUACUGAUAUUGGGCCUGUAGCAUGCUGGGAUGAAGGGCUACCAUGUUUGUUCAAAUAAAUGACCUUAACC